GAGUGUCGUGCAAUAUUUCUGUCUUUCCGUUUUGUUUUCAUUGUCAUUGUCUUGAAAUGUCGGUCAUUGGCUUUCUUUUCAGUGGGGUUUUCACUAAGCUCUUUUUUGGACCGUUACUUAAAACAUUCGGUCAUUAAACGCAGUAAGAGAUUAAUGAAAUGUUGAGGCAGGCUCAUUGCUUCCCAGAUCGCCGGUUCCAGCCUCGGAUAACAUAACCUCCUGCCGCCAUCAUGGUGCGCAUGAACGCCCUCGCAGACGCGCUGAACGCCAUCAACAAUGCCGAGCGCCGCGGCAAGCGCCAGGUGCUGCUGCGGCCCUGCUCCAAGGUGGUGGUCCGCUUCCUCACCGUGAUGAUGAAGCACGGCUACAUCGGUGAGUUCGAGAUCAUUGACGACCACCGCGCCGGCAAGAUCGUAGUGAACCUGACGGGUCGGCUCAACAAGUGCGGAGUCAUCUCUCCCCGCUUCGACAUCAAGCUGACCGACAUGGAGAAGUGGUGCAACAACCUGCUGCCCUCCAGACAGUUUGGUUACAUCGUGAUGACCACAUCGGGCGGUAUCAUGGACCACGACGAGGCCCGGCGGAAACAUCUCGGCGGCAAGAUCCUCGGCUUCUUCUUCUAAAACCGUGCCCCGCGCCAUUGUGCCCUGCCUGACGUACAAAUACACACAGACUGGGCGCA